AAAGCACAAUAGGAACUGACUGAGACAAGUGGCUGGCUGGUUGGCACUUGGUAUGAACAUCAGCGCUUGGCGGUAUUACUGCUUUCUGCCCAUCUCUGAGCGGUUUGAGCUCCGCACCGCCCCCUCCUACCUGUAAAUCUCUCUAGCGUUCACUGGAGCGAGCGGCUCUGACAGGCACUAUCAACUGGCCGAUCUGCGUGAGCCUGGAUCAAGGGGAAGGAAUGGGGACAGUCAGUUGCGAAGGCGACAUCACCCGAGCGCUUGUAUGUCAGAAAGCGAGCACGCCGCUAGAUUAUGUCGUUUAUGUUUUCGCAUCGUGGCAACAGUUUGGGGACUUGAAAUAGCUUCUGCCAUUCAAAAACCAUCGAGGCUAUCGAUUAAAUUGGCGUUAAGAAAAGUGAAAUCGAUUUCCCACCGUUAAUCGACCGAAUCCCUGGAUGGAAGACGACUUGAGAGGUCGGACUGAAACUGUUUGAAGAAAACAGCCUUUUUUCAAUGUCGCUGCGCCUAUCAUAAUCUGAAACAUCACUGGCAGCCUCGACGGCUGCUAGAUGAGACAGACCAUCUUUGCCAUGGCAUUGGUCCUGAAAAACUCGGAAAACCUCUCAAAAUGAAAAGCGCUCAACGUUUGUCAUUACUGCGGAUUUAAAUGCCUCUCGCGAAUGGACACCGACCGGCUAUUUCGGUCCAGUUAGUGAGUGCGGCGUCUUCGACUGUCGCGGAAAUCUGAAAUAGAUUAAAAUAAACAUACAAUUAAUUAGGUGCAGGUGAGAAUAUAUAACGCAUAGUUUUUUUUUUUUAAGCAAUAUGGCUGGUGAGUGGGGCUGGGGACGCUGGCAUAGGCUCUCCAAGGCUCCUAGAUGCUAGCUGAGGCGGACGCCACCGUUCCCCAUGGAAGCGGCAACUCUAUGAUGAGUAGAAAUAACUAUUUUAACAAAAAUCCGGACUCCUCGAUCUCUAUGUCCAAGAUGGACGUGAUCAUCCCCUUCUCGCCAGACGUGCCCUGCGACAACAAUGGCCAGCGCAUGUGGUGGGCAUUCCUCGCCUCCUCCAUGGUCACGUUUUUCGGGGGUCUCUUCAUCAUUCUCCUGUGGAGGACCCUCAAAUACCUGUGGACCGUCUGCUGCCACUGUAACAUCAAAAAGAAGGAGGCCCAGAAGGUAAAUAACCCUGCUAACAGUCAGGUAGCAGACGGUACAGCUAAGGGUCCUGAUGAGAAGGACGAAGUGGUCCCUGCCAGCGAGGUGGGCUGGAUGACCUCCGUGAAGGACUGGGCCGGGGUCAUGAUAUCAGCACAGACACUCACCGGCAGAGUCCUGGUUGUGCUAGUUUUCGCUCUCAGCAUUGGAGCACUUGGAAUAUACUUUAUAGAUUCUUCUGAUCCCAUAGAAUCCUGUCAGAAUUUCUACAAAGAUUUCACGUUACAGAUCGACAUGUUCUUCAAUGUCUUCUUCCUCCUCUACUUUGGCUUGCGGUUCAUAGCAGCCAAUGAUAAGCUGUGGUUCUGGCUGGAGGUCAACUCAGUUGUGGACUUCUUCACUGUUCCUCCUGUCUUCGUAUCUGUCUACUUGAACAGGAGCUGGCUGGGUUUAAGAUUCCUGAGAGCCUUGAGAUUGAUACAGUUCUCUGAAAUUUUACAGUUUUUGAAUAUCUUAAAAACAAGCAAUUCCAUCAAGCUGGUGAACCUGUGUUCCAUCUUCAUAAGCACAUGGCUAACAGCUGCCGGAUUCAUACAUUUGGUGGAAAACUCAGGGGAUCCUUGGGAAAACUUCCAAAAUUCCCAGUCACUUUCCUAUUGGGAAUGUGUCUACUUGCUCAUGGUCACUAUGUCAACAGUGGGCUACGGGGACGUCUAUGCAAAAACCACCCUGGGACGCCUGUUCAUGGUCUUCUUCAUCCUCGGGGGUUUGGCCAUGUUUGCUCGCUACGUGCCAGAAAUUGCUGCUCUCAUCCUUAAUCGGAAGAAAUACGGAGGGAGUUAUAACUCAACACGAGGCAGAAAGCACAUUGUGGUUUGUGGUCAUAUUACGCUCGAAAGUGUCUCCAACUUCCUCAAAGACUUCCUACACAAGGACAGGGAUGAUGUCAAUGUAGAAAUAGUUUUUCUCCAUAAUAUUUCCCCUAAUCUUGAGCUGGAAGCCUUGUUUAAACGCCACUUUACCCAGGUAGAGUUCUACCAGGGAUCUGUUCUCAACCCUCACGAUCUGGCCAGAGUCAAGAUUGAGUCAGCAGACGCCUGUCUGAUUCUGGCUAAUAAGUACUGUCCAGAUCCCGAUGCUGAAGACGCCUCCAACAUCAUGAGGGUCAUCUCUAUCAAGAACUAUUCCCCCAAGAUACGAAUUAUCACUCAGAUGUUACAAUACCAUAACAAGGCUCACCUGCUCAACAUUCCUAGCUGGAACUGGAAGGAGGGUGAUGAUGCUAUCUGUCUAGCAGAGCUGAAGGCUGGCUUCAUAGCUCAGAGCUGUCUGGCCCAGGGCCUCUCCACCAUGCUGGCCAACCUCUUCUCCAUGAGGUCCUUCAUCGAGAUUGAAGAGGACACAUGGCAGAAGUACUAUUUAGAAGGGGUAGCUAAUGAGAUGUACACAGAGUAUCUGUCCAGUGCCUUUGUGGGGCUCUCCUUCCCAGCAGUCUGCGAGCUGUGCUACGUGAAGCUGAAGCUGUUGCUUAUCGCCAUCGAGAACAAGUCGGAGCUGGGAGAGAGCAGAAGCAGAAAGCGCAUCCUCAUCAACCCGGGGAACCACGUAAAGAUGCAGGAAGGAACUCUGGGGUUCUUCAUCGCCAGCGACGCCAAAGAAGUAAAGAGAGCAUUUUUCUACUGCAAAGCUUGUCACGAUGACAUCACAGACCCCAAACGGAUCAAAAAGUGUGGCUGCAAACGACUGAUUUACUCCAAGAUGUCCGCCUACAAACAAAUGAAACUGGCAUGUUGUUUUGAUUGCGGCCGUUCAGAGCGAGACUGCUCUUGCAUGUCAGGCAGUGUACAUAGUAACAUGGACACCCUACAGAGGGCCUACCCACUCUCCUCUGUCUCUGUUCAUGAUUGCGCAACCACUUUACGUGCCUUUGAAGAUGAGCACCCGUCAACUCUGUCGCCCAAAAAAAAGCAGCGGAACGGAGGCAUGCGAAACUCACCCAACAACUCCCCCAACAUGAUGAGCAGGCAUGAUCCUCUUGUAAUCCCUGGGAACGAACAGAUGGAGAACAUGGACAUGAACAUGAAGCAGUAUGACUCCACAGGAAUGUUCCACUGGUGUCCGUCUAAAGAGAUCGAGAAGGUCAUCCUGACCCGGAGUGAGGCAUCCAUGACGGUGUUGAGCGGCCAUGUAGUGGUCUGUAUAUUUGGAGAUGUCACGUCCGCUCUAGUGGGGCUGCGAAACUUGGUGAUGCCUUUGAGAGCCAGCAACUUCCAUUAUCACGAGCUGAAGCCCAUAGUGUUUGUGGGCUCGCUGGAGUACCUGAGGAGAGAGUGGGAAACCCUACACAACUUCCCCAAGGUCUCCAUACUACCUGGUACGCCAUUAAGCCGUGCAGAUUUAAGGGCUGUCAACAUCAACCUCUGCGACAUGUGCGUGAUACUGUCGGCCAAUCAGAACAAUAUCGACGACGCCUCGCUGCAGGAUAAGGAAUGCAUUCUGGCGUCGCUCAACAUAAAGUCUAUGCAGUUUGACGACAGCAUCGGGCUCUUGCAGGCAAACUCCCAAGGUUUCACGCCUCCUGGAAUGGACCGGUCCUCUCCAGACAGCAGUCCAGUACAUGGUUUAGCACGCCAGGCCUCUGUCACCACUGGCGCCAACAUCCCCAUCAUCACUGAACUAGCUAAACCUGGCAAAAUACUGCCUUUGGUUUCAUUCAGUCAGGAAAAAAAACUUGGAAUCAACAUACAAAUGAUAACUGAGCUGGUGAACGACUCCAACGUUCAGUUCCUGGACCAAGAUGAUGACGAUGACCCGGACACAGAGCUGUACCUGACACAGCCCUUCGCCUGCGGAACCGCCUUCGCCGUCAGCGUGCUGGACUCUCUCAUGAGUGCAACAUACUUCAACGAUAAUAUCCUCACCCUGAUCCGGACGCUGGUGACUGGGGGAGCCACCCCAGAGCUAGAGGCUCUACUGGCUGAGGAGAACGCCCUGCAAGGGGGCUACAGCACGCCACAGACACUGGCCAACCGAGACAGGUGUCGUGUUGCCCAACUGGCCCUGUACGAUGGGCCCUUUGCCGACUUGGGGGAUGGUGGUUGCUAUGGAGAUUUGUUCUGUAAAGCAUUGAAGACAUACAACAUGUUGUGCUUCGGAAUCUACAGAUUGAGAGACGCUCACCUUGCCACACCUAGCCAGUGUACCAAACGGUAUGUGAUCACCAACCCUCCGUAUGAGUUUGAGUUGGUCCCCACAGACCUGAUCUUCUGUCUGAUGCAGUUUGACCACAACGCGGGCCAGUCUCGGACCAGCCUUUCCCACAGCUCCCACUCCUCCCAUUCCUCCAGCAAAAAGAGCUCGUCUGUCCACUCCAUCCCCACCACCAACCGGCAGAACCGCAGCAGCAAGGCUCGGGAGGCUGGCCACAAACAGAAUGCAACAAGGAUGAAUAGAAUGAGCCAAGAAAGGAAAUGGUUUACAGAUGAACCAGAAAAUGCCUACCCACGGAACAUUCAGAUCAAGCCCAUGAGCACUCACAUGGCCAACCAAGUCAACCAAUACAAAUCCACUAGCAGUCUGAUACCACCAAUCAGAGAAGUUGAAGAUGAAUGCUGAAAACCAGGCCCCCUUGAUGACUCGUGAGAAUUCUGGACGCUCUUACGAAAGGAGAUAAGAGAUGGCGAACAGGGGGGAUGAUGAUGAUGAUUAAUUGUUCCCCACUCAUUCUACAGAUCAAGGGUUUGACAUAAACACAACAACUGGAAGGGGCCUCCUAUGUGUAUACCUGUAAUGUUACUUCCAUGCUCUUCAUGUUUCAUUUAUCAAUCUUCCAUAGAGAUGUACAUAAUGACAAUCUAAUGAGGAUUGUACACUCCCUCCCCCUUAGCACUUUUUGAAAUUAUUUGAAGAGUUGAAGAGAGAAGAUUAAGUACUUCCUGUAAUUAUUUGCAAUAGUUCAUCACCUCUUCGUGUGACCAGACUCCAUGGCUACUGUAGUUUGAGGUUACUAUUUGUUGUUGGAGGAUGAGGGUCACGGCAGUUCGCUCAUCGUUCAUCACAUCUCCCAAAGACGCCAUUGGGGCUGACCACUCAUACACCGUGUCUGUUUCGGUUCUAUUUGCACUAAAACUGAUCACGUUAUUUUGCAACACGACGACGGGAAACAUUGACAUCUCCCCAAAACAACACCCAUCACAAAAAUGUCAACUCUUUGGUUGUCGAUUCGUUGAACGAGAGAAAGGCUGCUUGUCAUUUGAAGAGGUGUACAGCUGUACUGUGUACAGAUCCAUUACAUCACUGCUUAGGGUAUGCUACUGUAUGUCAACAUGAUGUUGAGUAAUCCUCUGAAUGAAUGCAUUCGAGUCCUGUAGAAUGAGAUCAUCUUGUAAAUCAGUUGUUUUGAGACUCAGAGUAGUGUAAGAGAUAGUUCUGGGUUAAGCUGGUUGACCGUAUAUAGCUACACUGUACCUACACCUGUUCUGGUGAUAUCACAAUGGCUAUGAAUCAUAAUGAUGUUUUUGACCGUGUUUCAAGCUCCUAUCAUCGCAUGGUGCCUGAGCCCUUUUAUAACAAUACAGCGCAGAUGAUCAACUUAACCUGAAAACAUGAAAGGGACGAAGGACAACCUUGUCCUAUCCCUUAUGUUUAAACAUGAAAAGGGUGAAUGAACAACUUUGUCUUGUCCCUUGUGAACACGUUAAUUGAGUGAAAGGACAGCCUUGUACACAUCUUGCAUAUGGCAUGUGUGUACUGUACGUGGCAGCAAAUGUGUCCCCUCAAUAAAAACAUUGGUGGUACAUCUGAGUUAAAUGCACAAAUUAGUGUCGUCAUCUCUCCAUCAGUGUGUCUGCGAUGGUGGUUCAGCCUCUGAGGGAGCAGGAUGUGGGAUCAAGGCUUCAAACAUGAAAGACGUACAGGAACUAGCUCUGUCUGGGGGUUUCCGAUCAACUAAUGAACUAAGCAAACACGUUUCUAUGCUCACCAUCAUACCCAGUCACAUCACCGAUAAUACACCAUCUAUGAUUGAGCUGAUUAAAUGUGAACAAACAUUAGCUGUGUGCCCUAAAAAUGUGAAGGAAGCAUUUAAGCCCAAACCUAUUUAAGAACAAAAGAAAAAGCAUAUCAUUUCAAUAUUUUUUUGUCUGUUGAGAAAUUUGGAGAAACAAUGCCACAUAUUGCGUAAAAUGGGCAUCAGUGGGUCCUCCUUUGACCAGAGCCACCACUGCCUGGCACAGGGUUGGUAACAGAGGCAGCAAAGAGCUUGGAUGUUCUCCGCUGCCAAUCCUGAUGUCAUCAUGACACCUCUAAACACUAUGUUGGUAAACAUUAAGGGAAAAGCUCAAUCAUAGUUUUGCCACUGAUGACGAUGAAGAACGCUGGAGAAUACUGCCUGUGUUUUUCAUGUCAUUCUGGUCAAGGCGCAAGACAGUGCGUGUUAAAAAUUGACCGUUUCUAUUUUGUUUUUCAUCCAGAGCAGCCCAGACAGAGCUGCAGCCUUGGGGAGGAGAGGGUAUGGUGUCACAGAUGAACCAACUAAAAACUUCACCUGCAUACUUUAUACAUACAAAUAGGAUUAUUUUAUAUUCAUAUGAGCAUAAUCAUGUUGUACUUAUUUUUACACAUGACGUAGUGAGAAACACUUUGUGAAAGCAAUCCAUUAUUAUUAUUAUUAGGCCUAUAAUUACAUCAGAUCAUUUUAUUUCUAAAUUAAUCACUGUAUUUAACAUAAUCAUACCAAAAUGAUUCAUAACAAUUCUGAUAUGCUUAUAAUUACAAAUGCAUUAAUGAGGAAGAGUAGAAGUCCCCUCUCUUAUCCCUGAUAAAGUAUAGUGAUUAAGGGCACUAUUCAAUCCAUAUCGCAGAAGUUCAACAUUACAGUUUGAUUGAAAUUUAAAGGCAAUGUUUCCGCUUUAGCAGAGACUGCAUUCACAAUAAACGCUGCAUAUGUCCAGUGGUGGAAAAAGGACCUAAUUGUCAUACUUGAGUGAAAGUAAAGAUACCUUAAUAGAAAAUUACUCAAGUAAAAGUGAGUCACCCAGUGAAAUACUACUUGAGUAAAAGUCUAAAAGUAUUUGGUUUUAAAUAUAUAUAUUUGAAAGUAUAAAUAAUUUCAAAUUCCUUAAAUUAAGCAAACCAGGCAGCAUUGUCUUGUUUUUUAUUUAUUUAUGGAUAGCCAGGGACACACUCCAACACUGUGUUUAGUGAGUCCGCCAAAUCAGAGGCAUGACCAGGGAUGUUCUCUUGAUAAGUGUGUGAAUUGUUGUCAAAAAUAUUAAUAGUAAAGUACAGAUACCCCAAAAAACGACUUAAAUUGUACUUCAAAGUACUUUUCCUUAAGUACUUUACACCACUGCAUAUGUCGGCUCAAUCGGAAAAUACAUUUACAUUUCUAUCGCACAAUCUGUAACGCUUCAGUGAUACAGAUUGACUAGAGUCCUAAAAGUCAAUAUUGUAUAACAGAUAACAUAAAUCUAAUGAGAGCCCUAAGUCAAUAUUGUAGAAGAGAUAACAUAAAUCUUGUGAGAGCCCUAAGUCAAUAUUGUAUAAGAGAUAACAUAAAUCUAAUGAGAGCCCUAAGUCAAUAUUGUAUAGGAGAUAACAUAAAUCUAACUCUGAGCUUCUGUCUCAACUGUUGAGUGCUCCUCAAAACGUAAAUGGGCUUAGUUGAAGGAUCUCUGUAGCUGUAUUGAUAAACUUUAUUGUACUGCUCAUUUUCAUCUGCAGGCAAAUACGAAUAUUGUUGUCUGAGACAAACAGAAAUGUGACGUAAACAAUCACAAACAAACUUGAGUUUCAAUGGGUGUAAAUAAUACCCAGACAGUGAGCCAAUCGGAAAGGUGCAUGAAGCCCCGAUCUGAGGCAUUUAGCCAUUCAUUCUGUUCUGAGAGUAAAACUGGGUGACCUCUACUAUCAAUGAUUGACCUAAAUUAGGUCUCUUAGUAAGGAGAGAUACAUUGAAGUAUUGUUUUGUGGGUGUAUAAUGUCAUUCUUCAUGGACAUGUGUUUCUAACUAUGUGACAGAUUGUUGGAACAUCAUCAGGUUGUUUGCAUUGAACAGAUAGCCAUGAUAUUAUAGACUAAGAUAAUGUCUUUCUAAAGACCUGUCAUUCUUGACAAAAAAAGGACAUAUAUUUGUGUCUAAAUAUGUUGUGUAUAUUCAGCCAUUAUAUAGAUUUUUCUGAAGCAAAAUGUCCUGAGCUUUCUGUCUGUCUACUGGGUGUGGUGCGACUGCUCAUAAACAUUUUGUCCUGACGUGAACUUCUGAAGCUUUUGUGCUCACAUUGUUGUCACACUUUGUAGCAAGUAUAAUUCUUUUCAGAAAAUAUGUGAGUAAAAAUGUAUAUAUAAUUGGGUUGUUAAUAAUAUACUCGCUAGCCUGAAAAACAAGGAAUUCAUAUUUGACACUGACAAUGACUUGAUUCAUAAUACAUACUAUUGACGAAGGACAAAAUGAUUGUUUUGUCAUAAAUGGAAAAAAGUGUAAACUUGACUUGAGCAGGUUUAACAGGACCUGGUUAUAUGAACCAUCACAGAGGUGCAGACAUCAGCUGCUACUAGUUCAGCUUAUCACAGUACAGAGAGAACAUACCUCAUUUGUUUUCUUGUUAAAAUUGUUUCUUUAUCAGAGUUUACAUUCCAUUUUGUCAGCUCUCGUCAUUUAUGUCACCAUAGUAAUAUCCAUUAAUUGUUUGAAACUAAUUUGUAUUAUUUGUUUACAGUUUUAUUUUUUAUUCAGAAGUACUUAAAUAAAUAUCACUUUACUCAGAAAUCAAAUGGUACAAAUCACAACCCAAACAGAUGCAUACUUACAGAAUAGUCUACCAGUGUAUUUCAUUAUAUCUGAAUGUUUUUUUAUUUUCAAUACUUGUACCCACAAUUUGUGUGACUGUUUUGACUCAAACUGGAAAAGACACUGGACUGAAACCUGUUCUUACAUUAAACUUUAUCUCUUUUUGGCACAAAUACUCCACAAAUCUAUGGUACUGCUGUAUACCAUAUCAUAGGUUCGUACACGUCUUUGCAAUGUACGCCUCUAAAGUUAGUGUUUUGAAGUGCCAUGGAAAGUGUUGUUGAACAAGCAUCAUUCAGUCAUUCACUGACUCACUAACUCAGAAUGAGUAGGGAUUGAGUUAGUUCUUCUCAGAAAGGGAAGUAAAUGUAUGUGACUUAUACUGGCAUGGAGAACAUCCAAGCCAUCAAUGCCCCCAUGCCAGUAUUGUGCCAGGCAGUGCUGUAGGUAAAGAGGAGGGCCCAUUUCAAGACCCACUAUAGCGAAAAGUGGCAUUGAAAAGGAGGGAACAUGGGGCAGGGACAUGGGGCUCAUCAACCCUCAAAGUAUCAUACGUCUGUGUUGGUCGUACUGUCUGUAGCUUAAGGUACCCAUCUUGUUGUUAGGAGACUGCAGGGAGAGAUGUUAAAACGUGUUUGUUGUGUGGUAGAAGGUCUGAAUGACUGAAGGAUGCACAGAGAGCACGGGCCAGGCUGUUUCAUGUGCUCCGGAGUCUUUUAGUCCGCUUAAGAUAGUCAGGACUAUGAAACUUCACACAUUACUGUUACAGUAUGUUACAUAUUUUUGUUUAUCUAUUUUGUUACUGUAAAGGAUGGAUAAAAUAACUUAUUUGCUGGAAAAUGUACUAGAUGUAAUAAAAUGUAUAAAACUAUGGGGGGAUUUAAGUCUUAACAACACAUUGAAAUUGCAGGAGGCAAUUUUUGUUGAUUUUUUUAGGAAAAAAAGAAACUUGCAGUAUUUUGGGGGGUGGGCUGCCUAUCAGUUCGGGUGGAAUUCAGGACAUUGCUCUCACACGUCACAUAUCUGAUUCUUUGGCACACGGUCAUUGCAGAAAUCAGGAGUUUGACAUAGCAGUCUACUUAGUUUGGAUGGAUACAUGGAGGAUUUGAUGGUGCUGGGUAGAUCUACCUGACUCUGUCAAAUAUAGUCCGCUGAGAAAUAUACUGUCUUGUACAAAAAGUUUGUACAUAAAUUGUACAUGGUUUCUUUUUGUAUUUUCUCAAAUUAAAAUGGAUGUAUUUGUGUUCUAAAACUG